GGCCAAGGUAGGUCAUUUGCACCACCUUGGCCCAAAAAAUGUGGAGUAAUUGUAUUUAUGCGAUUAUUGAUUGAAUACAAGAUCUCCAUAUUAUAGUUUUACGAAAAACUAGCAUUCUGUAAUCUAUAUUUAAUUUUUAAUUUAUAUAUUUUGUAAGUGAGUUUAAUAUAAACAAAUACUUGAAACUUAGGGGGUGUUUGUUGCUAUCAGUUGUCAUUCAAGUGAUGAAAGAGGACUUACUGCAAUAAGCAAAGUAAAGAAACACUUCUAAGUAAGAUGAGUUGUGGAAUCAUGAACGAUUUUUCGUUGUGAUAUCUUAACAUCUUUCAUAAUUUGCAUGAUGAAUGUAUUUUAGAAAAAGUUUCAAAACAUGAACACAUCCUGAAACAUACAUUAUAUAUAUUAUUUUUGCACGUUUGACCCACCUUAGAUUAAUUUCUGGCUACGCCACUGUAUAUAGUAUUGGUGCUUUAAUGUACAACUUAAAGUUGUACCAUAACAUUAAAUGUAUAAGUUUAGGUUGUACCAUAAAACAAUUUGUACCAUUAUGUUAUGGUACAACUUUACAACUUAAAGUUGUAUCAUCACAUAAAGGUAUAAGUUCAAGUUGUACCAUAAAAAAAUUUGUACAACAAGUAUAGGUACAAUCUAAAGUUGUACCAUAACGUAAAUGUACAAUUUUAAAUUGUACCAUAAAGAUAAAACCCUAUAGCACCAAUACUACAUAGCAUUGUAAAAUUUCUCAGUAACCUAAUAUUAGAAACUUCCGAACUUGUCUUGUCUUUGCUAGGCCAGGCUAGCUUGCAAUGUGCAUAAGUGAAUUUUUCUUCUUAGAAAUAAUGUUCAGGAGGUACAUUGGUUCUUCUAAAGAGUUUGCUUCUCUAUGCAAGUGUUAAAAGUAUUUUCAUUAUAAUGUACUACACUUGGAACAUACUUCCAAGUCAAAUCAUUGUGUCGUCGACGACGAUAUGGACCUUCCUUAAACUACUCUCUAUAUUAAGCCAACGACCCCUUCGAGAAAAGAAAGGACCUGGAACCCUACCCAUCAACGACCCUCUUGUUUCUUUCCUCUUGUUUAAAAAUAAAACCAAUGGGCUGCAGCUUCUCUAUAAGUUGCAAGAAUUCCAAAUGCGUCCUGUUAUUCGCGGUUUAAUAUAAUGCAACAUGCAUGGGUACGUGGAUUAUAUAUAAGCUCAACUUGCCCACGUACAGUAGAGUUGGUGCCGGCGGCGUACUGGUAUAUAUAUUACUAUAUUAACAAAAUCAACAUAUGCGCGCAACCGCAUGCAGAAAGAAAUCUCCCUUCUCUUGCUAAUUCAAUCAAAGCCAUCGAUGGAACCCACUCGAUCUUCUCCCGUCGGUCAAAUCCAUCCUCUAGCUACCACUUGCUUCCUGCCGGCCGACUGAAUUUCCCAGCUCCAUCCCUUCAUCUCACUCUCCUACAAAUACCCAUCUCAAACUCCACAAACCACACCACAACAAUCCAACAACACUACAUUCUCGCCACUCGUCAUUCAUCAAAAAGUAUCAGUCGUCUUGAUUUCAGAAGUCAGUGAUACAUCCAAUCAAACAACAAAGCAGAUCAUCAAGUCUUGAUGGCGGACCUCUUCAUCACCGCACUGGCUUCCGUCCUCCUACUCGCCUCCGCAGCAUUCUACCUGCUGCGGAAGACCACCAACCGCCGCAAGUUCAACCUGCCGCCAUCUCCGCCGUCCCUGCCUCUCAUAGGCAACCUGUUUCAAAUGAGCAAGCUUCCCUACCGCUCCCUCCGCACCCUCGCCAAAACCUACGGCCCACUCAUGAUGGUCAAACUCGGCAGCAUCCCUUACGUCAUCGUCUCCUCCGCCGACGCCAUCCAGGAGCUCACCGACAAGGACCACGACGUCAUCUUCUCGGGGAGGCCCCAGUGGAAGUCCUCGGACGCCCUCUUCGGAGGCAGCACCGACAUCAUCUUCUCCUCCUACGGCGAGUACUGGCGCCAGAUGAAGAAGAUCUGCAUGGUCGAGGUGCUCAGCCAGCGGAGGGUGAACCAGUUCCGCUACAUUCGCGAGCAGGAGGUCGAACACCUGGUGGGCAUUCUCAAGGACGCAUCUAAAAACAAAACCGCGGUGGAUCUCAGCGAAGCCAUCUCCACGCUCACCAACACCGUCAUCUCCCGAGCCGCCUUCGGCAAAACCUACAACAACCAACCGAUGGCUGACGGCGUUAGUAACGGCGAGAAGAACUUCGUCCCGCUGUUGAGGAGAGCGGUGGACAUUCUAGCGCAGUUCUGCUUCCAGGACUCGUUCCCGAUUCUCGGGUGGGUCGACGCGUUGACCGGAUUUGACUCCAAGGUCAGGAAGGUGUCCAGGGAAGUCAACGACUUCCUGGACACGGUCAUCAACGACCACAAGAAAAAAAGAGUUGUCGUCGUUGCGGAAGAAGAUGAUAGUCAUGAUGGUCCCGAUCACGAUCACCCGGAGAGGCUGCAGGCCGACAUCGUGGAUAUCCUGCUCAGGGUACAGAAGGAGCGGGAGCUGGAGUUCAACUUCACCGACGCGAACAUCAAGGCCACGCUCCUGGACAUGUUCGCGGGAGGGACCGACACCAUCGCGACGACGCUGGAGUGGGUGAUGUCGGAGCUGGUGAGGCAUCCGACCAUCAUGAAGAAGGCGCAGGAGGAAGUCAGGAGGAUUGUUCUGACGGGAGGAUCCGAGAGGAAGUCGGGAAUCGACGAGGCGGAUAUCCACCGGAUGGAGUACUUGAAGUGUGUGGUGAAGGAGACGCUGAGGCUGCACGCGCCGGCUCCGGUCUCGCUGAGGAAGACGUCGGAGGAUGUGAAGUUGGGAGGGUUUGAUAUACCGGAAGGGACGAUGGUGAUGAUCAACCUGUGGGCGGUGAUGAGGGAUCCUGAGAUUUGGGAACAGCCGGAGAGUUUUGUGCCGGAGAGGUUUUUGGCGGAGCCGUUGGAUUUUAAGGGUCAGACGGGGAAGUUUGUGCCGUUUGGGGCUGGGAGGAGGUUGUGUCCUGGAAUGACGUUGGCGCUUGUGGAGGUGGAGCUGGUGGCGGCGAACUUGCUGCGUUGGUUCGAUUGGGAGCUGCCGGAAGGGGCGGUGGAUUUGGAUAUGAGUGAGAUUAAUUCGGUGGUUGUUCGUAGGGAGACACCGCUUUCUCUGGUUCCGGUUCUCAACUCAGCGUGAUCGUGAAAGAGGAAGACUCAUUUCGGAGAUGUGAUUUUGUUAUUUGAUUUAUAGUUUAAUUAGUUGCUUCUGAUUUAAUAAUUUUCAAAUUUAAUGCUUCUUUGUUGAGCUUCAAUGUGUUUUGAAUUUUCGAUACACACUUUUUUGCUAAAGUUUGUUGAACAAUAAUAUUUCUUUUUCGUUGAGUUAUAUCAAUAAUAUGUUCCGAAUCUAAACUUUAAUCACAGCUGACUCAGGAUUUGCUUUUCUACUUGAAAAUUGGGUAUCUAUCUCGAGUUAGAAUUUAGUCAAUUUAAUGAUUUAUAGAUGAACAGAACUUCGCCUUUAACCUGCAAUCGCGGCCCCCAUCAGUAGCUUGUAUAAAAAGGCUUUCAUUGUUGGACCUGAAACUAGGGGUGGGCAUACGGUUCGGUAAAACCGAACCGAACCGAAUCGAAUAUAAAUCGAACCGAAAUCGAAUUAAUAUUAUUUGGUUCGGAAUUCGGAAGAGAAAAGGGCAUAUUUCGAAAAUCAGGGUCCUUUCGAUCGAACCGAAUUUCCGAAUUUCGAACCGAAAAACCGAAUUAUUAUAAUUGCAAGCUCUAAAUGGUGGAUUUUUAUGUUUCUACUUAUUAUGAGACUUAAAUAUUUGAAUCAUAUGACUUAUGUGUUGAAAUGUUUGAUUUUAUCAUUGAUGAUACAUAUUUAUUGUUUACAUUAGGGUGAAAAAUAAUUUAAAAAAGAGAAAAUACAAGCUAACCUCACUAUUUCGGUUUUGUAUGAAAAAUCGAACCGAAUUAUAAUUCGGUUUGAACCGACCAAACCAAAUUGUAAUUCGGUUCGAAUUCGGUUUGAGGUUUGAUGGAAUUAGGAGACCUGGUAUGCAUAAUUUUGGUUCGGUUUGAACCGAACCGACCGAAUGCCCACCCCUGCCUGGAACCGAGUUAGCCUAAACCAAUGCUCGAUCAAGCUUUACUUAUCAUAAAUCGGACUUGGAUCAGCAUGAUAAUAACGUUACAGUUUCAGAUUUGCUGUCAGUUACUGAAUCCAACGCUUCUGCUUGGGAGAAGAUAGGGUGCUAACUUCAUGGGGUUAGCACCAUCCUAACUAUUUUUUUAAUUUGAAAGUUAUCAUUAAAGAAAGGGUAUAAUCGGAAAUUGGGAUAAAAAAUUAAAAUACGAAAUUAAUGUUUAUUUCUGGGAAACUGCACGUCCGGAUUUUGUGGGAUUUCCUUCAGAGACGUUUCUAUUCCCGAGAACAAAAAUCAAUACUUACCUGCCACAUUCCUAAAGGAAAAACACUACUAACCUGCCAUAUAGUUACAAGUUUCACUCAACAACUUCUCUCUCCCUUCUCUCCAUCACGUCUCUCUGUCUUCGCAGAGUAAAACACUACAUUCUUUGGAAAACACUACUAACUCUUUUCUUCAGCUAUGUAGUAGCAAUUUGGUGUGUGGUAUUGAUUUUAUGAUACAUUAGUAGUGAUUUUGAUAAUUUUUUAGUAGUAUCAAUAUUACUAUAGGUUCUUGCAGUCAAUAAUAAUAAAUCACUACUAAUACAAAAACAUAAACACUGCUACAUCGU